CAUUCCUUUCGCCGUUUCCGCCCCUCGCCGGCGCCCUCGUCCCCUCCUACUCACGCCCCCUCUCUUCCUCGAUCGGCUCGUCCGGCAACUGCCCCCACUGACCGACGCGCCCCGCCGCUACUGCGCUUCCUGCUGCCUCUAAAGUUCUGCGCUCCCCCCCACCCCCCACCCCAUCGUCUCUUCGCCGCGUCUCCGCCGCCUCCCCGCGUCUGUCUGCCCCUCUGCCUCUGCGGUCACAUCCUCCCACCGUCGGAGUGACCUGGAGAUCCGCCCGGACCAUCUUCGCCGCAAAAUCUCGCCGGAGGAGUCGGCACAGAACUAGGCGUCGCCGGAUAUGGCCAUGGCAUCACCUUGGCAAGCUGGGAGAUACAUAAACAUCGAGGGGAUGGCGCGCCCGGUGGCGGUGGACCACCGCAUCAGCCUCCCCUACUACUUCCGCAUCGCCGACAAUCUUCUCCGCCAGGCCAACAUAUAUCGAGAGGAAAAGAACCUCAUCGACCUGUACAUUAUCCUCCUGAGAUACUCGAGCCUGUUGUCUGAGACGAUCCCGAAGCAUCGUGAUUACCAUGCAUUCAAGUCAAGAGAAAAGGAAUUCCUGAAGAAAGGGCCGCAUAACUCCGAUAAACUCUUGAAUGUUAUCAGUGAGCUAGAGUCUCUGAAGCCGAUUGUGAAACAGCAAAUUGCUGAGCUUAAUAGAAGAGCUGCAGAAGAACGUAAUGGUCCACAUGAAACCUAUGCUGGAAAUGGUGCAAGCAUUAGGACAGAUCAGCUUGCUGCAAGUCCAUAUAUGGUACAGCCAGCGUUUGGAAACUCAACAGGACCAUUGCAGAAAUCAUCCUCUAGGUGGAACCAUCAAGAGGCAUCGCCACAGGGUGUUGAACCUGAUAGGCAUCUAGUCAAAUCAUAUGCCAGUUUACCAUAUCCAAAAGAUGAAACACUAUCCAGACAUUCAAUACUAGGACCGAAUGGGCUUCAUGGCCAAUGGACAAGACCUGUUAGUGGUGUGAAGGUCCAGUAUCCAAGUUACCCCGAACUGAACCAAAGCAAUAUCACUAGUUUAGUUCCAGCAAUCUUGAACCAAAAUGACUCACAUGGUCCUAAUACAACAUCACUGGAUGGAUUGACAAAUAACAAUGGUGAUAUGCAGUCUGUUCUCUCACUUGAUGAUGGUCAAUGGUCUUUACCAGUAAAAGAGCCAGCCUCUGUGUCUCCUGUUAGUUUCGAGGAAGAAUUCUCCCAGCUGAAUAUCAGACAGCCUAACCCCCCACCAGUCCUGGCACAAGUACAUCCUGAGCGUAGACCGAUUUCUCCAUCAAGAGUAGCUGAUCCAAGACCAGGACUUGCUACCUGUGACACGGGGCGUUUCCAAAAUUUGCAUGUGCCGGUGGCGUUAAUGGAGUCUUUUCUGAGACUUGCUGAGGCAAAUACUGCAAAAAAUCUGGAAACAUGUGGGAUUCUUGCUGGUAACCUGAAAAAGAGAACUUUUUAUGUGACGACACUGAUAAUUCCUAAGCAGGAAUCAACGUCUGAUUCAUGUCAAGCUACGAAUGAAGAGGAAAUAUUUGAAGUUCAGGACAAAGGCUCACUUUUCACCCUCGGUUGGAUUCAUACACAUCCGACACAGACCUGCUUUCUAUCUUCCAUUGAUCUUCAUAAUCAUUAUUCGUAUCAGGUCAUGCUUCCUGAAGCAAUUGCAAUUGUCAUGGCGCCUACCGAUACAACAAGGAAGCACGGCAUAUUUCACCUCACGGAUCCAGGUGGCAUGGGGGUGAUCCACGAUUGCCAGGAGACUGGUUUCCAUCCUCACGAGGAGCCUCUUGAUGGCACUUCAAUCUACGAGCAUUGCUCUCAUGUGUACAUGAACCCCACUGUGAAGUUUGAUAUGGUCGACCUCCGUCGCGUGUGAGCCUGAUUCUGAUUAAAUUAGGCGUUUAUACAUGGUAGAUAAGAAACUUGUACCUUGCUGCGGAACAUAACAAUGUACAGUACAUAUUGGAAUUGAUUGCUUUA